UUUCCCUUCUGUUUCUCCGCUCCGUGGCGAGGAUGCGGGCCGCCGACUGGUGCCUGAGCGCGGCGGGCGCUGCCCUCGUCAUGGCCACCUCCAGCGACCCGCGGCACCCGGCCGGAAACGUGGCGGACGGAAGUUCCGAAACGUUCUGGACGACAACAGGGAUGUUCCCACAGGAGUUCAUCAUUGGCUUUCCCAAACGUGUGACCGUCAGCAGAGUGGCGAUCCAGUGCUACCUGGUGCGGACCUUAAGGAUUGAAAGAAGCGUAUCAAAAGACCCAGUAGACUUUGAAGAGUGCAUUGAAAAAGAUUUGCAACACACAGAAGGACAGCUUCAAAUGGAAGAGUUUCCACUUCCUGAUUUCCAGGCCACUUAUUUGCGAUUCAUCAUCAAAUCUGCCUUUGAUCACUUUGUGUCAGUGCACAGGGUGAUGGCAGAGGGCACAGCAGAAGACACUUAAGUCUGGCUUAAAUUUGUACCUCAUCUUUUUGGUCUUAUAUUUUGAUAUCUCUGUCAAAGGAAAUAUUUAUUACAAGCUAGUAUUAAAGUGUUUUUGAAGAUACAGAGGUAGUACGUGUUAACCAUCAGUUUAUUAUAUUGAACACAGUGCUCUCAUUAAUUGUAGUAAGAGAUUUUAUAACCUAGAGUGUUAAAAAAACUUGAAUGUAACCAGAUCCAUUUAAAUAACUGUGUUUAGCUCACGCUUUCUUAAUACAUGAAUUAAAACUCAUUUUUCUGUGA